AGCAUCCAUUUGUUUCUCCAAAGCAUGGCCGCCAUUAGAGUAGCUUCUAGCUCCUUUACUAUUCGUGCCUCGGCGUCGCCUUCAUCUUCCUUCUCGUCUUCUUACUCUAAUUUCUCCACCUCUGUUUUCACUAAGUUCGAAUUCGGACUAUCUUGGAGAGGAAAGCGAAUGGCGCAUUCCAUUACUCGAGCAGCUCUUGGUCUCACCGAACCCAAACAGAUCGAUCCGCCAAAGAUCGCAUUUUCGGCAAAAGAGAUAGACUUGGUAGAAUGGAAAGGAGACAUACUUGCUGUGGGCGUCACGGAAAAGGACAUGGAGAGGGAUGAAAAUUCGGCUUUUAAGAAUGUAAUACUGCAAAAGCUGGAUUUGCAUUUGGGGGGUUUGUUAUCUGAAGCCUCGUCCGAGGAAGAUUUCACUGGGAAGGCUGGACAAUCAACAGUGCUCAGGCUUCCUGGUGUUGGGUCUAAAAGGGUUGGUUUGAUUGGGCUUGGAGCAGCAUCGGCAAGAACAGCUUACCGCAGUCUCGGUGAGUCUGUUGCUGCUGCAGCAAAGUCUUCCCGGGCUAGUAAUGUUGCCAUCACACUUGCUUCAUCCGAAGGAAUUGCUGCAGAACUGAAGCCAAGCACUGCUUCAGCUAUAGCUACUGGAGCUAUAUUGGGGACAUUUGAUGAUAACAGAUUCAAAUCAGAAUCGAAGAAACCUGCUCUACAAUCAAUUGACAUCCUUGGUCUUGGUAUUGGACCUGAGAUUGAGAAAAAACUCAAAUAUGCCGAAGAUGUUUGUUCAGGGAUCAUUUUAGGAAAAGAGCUAGUGAAUGCUCCUGCGAAUGUACUCACACCUGGAGUAUUAGCUGAAGAAGCCACAAGAAUUGCAUCUGACCACAGUGAUGUGUUUACGGUUAAAAUAUUGGAUGAAGAACAGUGCAAGGAAUUGAAAAUGGGAUCCUUUUUAGCUGUCGGCGCAGCAUCGUGCAAUCCUCCGCAUUUCAUCCAUUUAUGUUACAAGCCUCCAGGUGGAACAGUUAGAACCAAGCUGGCCCUGGUGGGAAAAGGCUUGACUUUUGAUUGUGGUGGCUACAAUAUCAAGACAGGACCAGGUAGUAUGAUUGAACUCAUGAAAUUUGACAUGGGAGGCUCAGCAGCAGUAUUGGGUGCUGCAAAAUCUCUAGGAAAAAUCAAGCCUGAUGGGGUAGAGGUUCACUUCAUUGUUGCCGCUUGCGAGAAUAUGAUAAGUGGAACAGGUAUGCGUCCUGGGGACAUCCUUACUGCUUCAAAUGGGAAGACAAUUGAGGUAAACAAUACCGAUGCUGAAGGAAGACUUACACUUGCUGAUGCUUUGGUAUAUGCCUGUAAUCAAGGUGCAGAGAAGAUAGUGGAUUUGGCUACACUCACGGGAGCUUGUAUAGUGGCUCUCGGACCCUCAAUUGCAGGUGUUUUCACGCCAAGCGAUGAUCUAGCAGAAGAGAUGUCAAGAGCUUCAGAGAAUAGUGGGGAAAAGCUAUGGAGGCUGCCGUUGGAGGAAACUUACUGGGAGUCCAUGAAGUCCGGAGUGGCUGAUAUGGUAAAUACUGGUGGUCGUCAAGGUGGUUCCAUCACCGCAGCUCUUUUCUUGAAACAGUUUGUUGAUGAGAAGGUGCAAUGGAUGCACAUCGACAUGGCUGGCCCUGUUUGGAAUGACAAGAAGAAGAGUGCAACUGGAUUCGGGGUUUCAACACUGGUCGAAUGGGUAGUUAAGAACUCUUCCUAAUUUGGAAAAUGAUUAUGUUGGAACUAUAUGAAGUAGUCCCCUUUUAUUUAAUAUAUAUAUACUACUAUCCUUUUUGGAUACUACAGUAAUUUUUUGUUGAGCUAUUAUCCCAGUUUGUAGAGUUGAACUUGUAGCAGCUAUAUUUUAGUUAGGUUAAAUUAAUUGAGUAUACAAUUUUGAAUUUCCACCAA